AUGCUUCCUUUCAAUGAUACUGAAUUCCAUCCCAUCUCUUUCUUGCUACUGGGAAUUCCAGGGCUGGAGCAUUUCCACAUCUGGAUUGGCUUCCCUUUCUGUUUUGCUUAUCUGAUUGCUAUCAUGGGCAAUAUCACUAUUCUGUUAGUGAUUAAGAAUGAACAUAGCCUUCACCAACCCAUGUUCUAUUUCCUAGCCAUGUUGGCCGCCAUUGACUUGGGUCUAUCAACAGCCACCAUCCCCAAGAUGUUGGGCAUAUUCUGGUUUGAUCUGAAAGAGAUCAUCUUUGGAAGCUGUCUCACACAGAUGUUCUGCAUCCAUAUGUUCACAAGCAUGGAGACCAUUGUGCUUGUGGCUAUGGCCUUUGAUCGGUAUGUGGCCAUCUGCCUCCCACUUCAAUAUAGCAGGAUACUGACAAAUAAGAUUAUUGGCAUUAUAGCAGGCUUAGCUGUUUUGAGGAGUUUGUCAAUGGUGGCUCCACUGGUGUUUCUUGUCCUGCGCCUGCCUUUCUGUGGGCAUCACAUCAUUCCUCAUACUUACUGUGAACACAUGGGCAUUGCCCGGUUGGCCUGUGCAAGUAUCAGAGUCAAUAUUUUCUAUGGAUUGGGAGCCCUUUCUGUCAUAUUAUUGGAUGUGAUUUUGAUUGCAAUAUCUUAUACUUGUAUCCUCCAGGCUGUCUUCAGACUCCCUUCCUGGGAUGCUCGAUUCAAAGCCCUCAAUACCUGUGGUUCUCAUAUCUGUGUCAUCUUAGCUUUCUAUUUCCCAGCACUUUUUUCCUUUCUUACCCAUCGCUAUGGCAAGAAUAUUCCUCAGUACAUUCAUAUAUUCUUGGCCAAUCUGUAUGUAGUUAUACCACCUGCCCUCAACCCUAUAAUCUAUGGGGUCAGAACCAAACAGAUUCGAGAGCAAGUAUUUAGAAUUUUCCAGAAAGAAUCACUAUGA